UCAUUUCCACGCCUAUAUUAUGCUAUUUGUCUUCUUUUCAACCUUGGUAACUCUUGAAUGAUGUUAUAAAACUACGAGUAACAAUACUCAUCAAACCAACCCUUUCAAACUGUAUUUUAGAGGCAUCAAAACUGAGAGUUCAGCUUCAUCUUCCAGUAUUGCGUUCCCAUUCCAAUACUCAAUUUGGUGAAACAAAAACGCACCAUGAUCUUGACAUAGGACCACGGUUUGUGUUUCUUUUUUUUUUUUCUUUUAAUUUUUCUGGUACAGGGGACCAUAGUAGAGUAGAAAACAAACACACACGUUUGUGGAUCAAGUUUUCUCCUACGUACAACUUGGGAGGAGGAGUCAUCAUCGUCAUCGUUCAUGAUGUGAUAAUGGUUCCACAAUAGAUGCACCCUCGCGUGUGCCUAUGCUACCCUUAUAUAAAGCCACACACAUAUACAUACACAUACACUUAACAUCAAUUAACCGAAUUCUCAACUCAAGAAACUGAGAUGAUAGAGAAGACACAGUGUGAGAAAAAGGAAGAGAUGGAGGGUGAAGAAACUGAGAUGAAACAAUCAAGGUUCAAGAGGAUUUGUGUGUUCUGUGGUAGCAGCCCCGGGAACAAGAGUACCUAUAAGGAUGCUGCUAUUGAGCUUGGAAAAGAGUUGGUAUCAAGAAAUAUUGAUCUGGUUUACGGAGGAGGCAGCAUUGGUUUGAUGGGGUUGGUUUCCCAGGCUGUUUAUGAUGGGGGUCGCCAUGUAAUUGGAGUUAUUCCCAAGACACUCAUGCCAAGAGAGAUUACUGGAGAGACAGUGGGGGAAGUGAUGGCAGUAGCAGACAUGCAUCAAAGAAAAGCAGAGAUGGCUAGGCACUCUGAUGCCUUUAUUGCCUUACCCGGGGGUUAUGGGACACUUGAGGAGCUUCUUGAGGUCAUAACUUGGGCUCAGCUUGGUAUCCAUGAUAAACCGGUGGGGUUGCUGAAUGUUGAUGGAUACUACAAUUCCUUGUUGUCUUUCAUUGACAAAGCUGUGGAAGAAGGCUUCAUUAGCCCCAAAGCUCGCCACAUAAUUGUAUCUGCUCCAUCAACAAAAGAGCUUGUCAAAAAGAUGGAGGAAUAUUUUCCACAACAUGAAAGAGUUGCCUCUAAGCUAAGCUGGGAAACUGAGCAGAUAGAGUACUCCUCAAAUUGUGACAUGUCUAGGUGAUUAGAUGAUUAUGGAAGAACCAAGUAGAGAGUUGUUAGUUUAAUGGUUUAAGAGACUACUACUGUUAUUAUGGCCACAAUUUCCUCAAGCCAGAAUUCUUUUAUGUUCUUGCAAUUACUUGUUAGUGUAAACUACAGAACUGAGUUUAAUGUAGCUGUGAAGCCUAACUACUCUGCUCAA